UGCCCGGCGGGAGGGGACCUGCGUGCUGUGCUCGUCUGCGAGCCCCUCAGGCCCCAGAUCUCGGCCCCUGACGUCGAGUUUCUCGUCGACUCCGAGGGUCAGUAUCGGGCCUCCCUGCGCUGGAUCUCAAGGAGGACAGAAGACGUAAUGAAACACUUGAGGAGCAACAAUGUUAGACUGUUACUGUCGAGCGUGAAGCAAGACGAGGUCGUUAUCUACUACGCAAAAUUAUACGGUGUAUCUGUAGUAGAGUGCUUGUCGUCGGAAGAAAUAGCUCUUAUCUCUGAAAUCACAGGAGUCUCGCCUUACACACCUUCUGGUGGGAACAUACACGGAGAAAUCACUGAAGCCGCAGUGGCAACGUUUUGCCAGCCCUUGCUGCUCGGCUCAAAGAGAUGCGUUCACAUUGGCUUCACCAGUGUGUGCGCCUUUCAGCCCCACUGCCUCAUCCUUUGUGGGCCAGUGGAUGCUGUUAAUGAGGAAAAUGCUGCUGCUUUACAAGGGGCAUUCAUAAUGCUGCAGCAGCUCUUUAAAACAGUUGAUCGGAGGGAAGAAUGGAAAGCAGAAGGUGAAAACCAGAAUGAAGCCUCAGGUGUUUGCAGUUGGUGUUCUUCUGCUACUCAGGGGCAACUCAUAAUAGAAAAUAUAUCUUGUAAUAAUAGUCAGGUUUCUGAACAUCUACUGAAAACUCAAAGGAAUGAAACAGAGACACAAAUUGUAGACCCUGACUUGCUGGGAAGUGAAAAUCCAGCAUGUGUGCAAACAGAGUUGCAAAUACCCUCAAAUCCCAUCUCGCACAUCAAGGAAUUCAAUGUUGCCUCUGAAAGAGGUCAGUCUUCAAGAGAUGUACAGAAACCGCGUGCAAAAUGCGAGCAUCCGGCUGACACGCACGAGAACUGCAAAAGUGAUUCACUUGUGGACAAUCAAAAGAAUUGCAGCACUGCUGUGUCAGCAGCACCUAAUGCUCGUACAGUCACUGCGUGUGAAUGCCUAGAUGUUGGCAAAGACCUAGAGAAAAUAAGUUGCAAUAUAGUCCCAUUUAAACAUGAAAAGAGUUGUGCAAGUAUUGCCCAGAAUUACUCCAGCUCCCUCAUAGAAGCAGGAUCAGUUUUGCCAGUAGGAGGUUACUUUGAAAUCCUGUUACAUUACUACAUUCAGUACUAUGCAAAACAGUUUCAGCAGUCAGAGAUGACUGUCAUAUCUAAUGUAGUUGCUGAUGCUUUGCUAAGUAUUCCCAAGUCCUUAUACAGCACAACAGAACAAAACAGCUUCACCAAAUUCUAUCUCGAAGCCACGAAUGCACUCAGAAGAAAUCAGCCACUGCCUAUGAAUGAGAAAGGCUUAGAAUCGGUGUAUUGCAAAUACCAGUUGGUCAUUUCAGUUCUUCAUUGUGUUACAGAGCUUCUCUCCAUAGAUUUAAUAAUUGGUGUUAAGCGGCCACCGCAAAAAACUGAGGAUAAUGACUCAGAAGAUGACUUCUGA